CUCUCGGUCCUGGAGCGCCGCUAGGCUGCCAGAGGGGAAGAGCCACCUGCUUCCCCGCAGUCGGAGCUGGGCGCCCUCGCCGCCGACACCGCGACGAAGCCUCCCAACUUCGCCUUCCCUUCGCUCAGAGAGACAGGCUGGGAAAGUUACGGCACUGCUGUUGAGUUGAGGAGGAAAGAAGAACCGGGGGAAAGGGAGUGUCGGGAAGGGAAAGCGGGUGAAGAGAGAGAGAGAGUCCCGUCUCUUCCUCCUCCUCCUCCGAGUCUUCUUCGUCUUCUUCUUCUUCCGAAGCCGCUGUCUGCCUUUGCGGGGAGGCGGGAUGGAGACCCCCUCUGCCGCCGCCACCACCACCGCCUCCUGCUGCCGCCGCUCUCCGCUCCUGACGGGUCUCCUGCGGCUAUGGCUCCUCCUCGGGGCCCUUUGCCUGCGCCCAGGUCUUGGACUGUACAAAGUAAACACAAUAUAUGGAGAUACAAUCAUUUUGCCUUGCCAUUUACAAGUUCCUAAUGACCUUAUGUUUGGAAAAUGGAAAUAUGAAAUUGCAAACAAGCCUUCAGAGUUUAUUGCCUUCAGAUCUGCAACCAAAAAAAAUGUACAAUAUGAUGAUGUACCAGAAUACAAAGACCGAUUAAGUCUCUCUGAAAAUUACACCUUAUCAAUUAAUAAUGCAAGAAUUGGUGAUGAAAAGAAAUUUGUAUGUAUGCUUGUAACAGAGGACAAUGUCUUUGAACAGGCUACAAUAGUCAAGGUGUUCAAACAACCAUCACAACCUGAAAUCAUAAGCCAAGCAGAAUAUUUAGAAACAGAACAGUUAAAACUGCUUGGACAAUGUAUUGCAAAAGAUGGUUAUCCAGAGGGAAACCUGACAUGGUUCAAGAAUGGAAUUGUUCUUCAGCCUGUUGAAGAAACUAUUGUCAUCCAUGAACAAACUAAUGUGGAUCAAGCAAGUGGACUAUACACUGUGAUAUCUUCACUAGAAUAUAAGCCAACAAAAGAUGAUACUGAUGCACAGUUCACUUGUACGGUGACAUACUUUGCACCAACAGGACAAGAAACAAUACGAUCAGAGUCAGCAGUCUUUGACAUUCACUAUCCUACAGAGAAGGUCAAAAUUCAAGUGCUUUCACAAAGGAAUAGUAUUAAAGAAGGUGAUAACAUUACCUUAAAAUGUUCAGGAAAUGGUAACCCUCCACCUCAGGAGUUUUUGUUUUACAUUCCUGGAGAACCAGAACCUAUAAGAAGUUCAAGUUUGUAUGCAUUGAUAGAUGUAAGAAGAAACGCAACAGGGGAAUACAGGUGUGCACUGACAGAUGAAAGUUUGAUGGACUCCACUAUAAUUAUAAUACAUUAUUUGGAUUUGUCACUUACUCCCAGUGGAGAAGUUAUUAAGCAGAUUGGAGAAGCACUGCCUGUAUCUUGUACAAUCUCUUCCAGUAGAAAUGCCACUGUGUUCUGGUUAAAGGACAAUACCAGAAUGCGCUCCAGUCCAUCUUUUUCAAGUUUACAGUACCAAGAUGCUGGAAAUUACAUCUGUGAAACUACUUUGCAGGAGGUUGAAGGAUUAAAGAAAAGGCAAAUACUUACACUGAUAGUACAAGGAAAACCUCAGAUCAAAAUGACAAAGAAAACGAGCACAGAUGGAUCAUACAAAACUAUAUCCUGUCAUGUGGAGGGAUUUCCCAAACCAGCAGUACAAUGGACUAGCAGUGGAGGUGUCAUAAAUAAAACAGAGGAGACUAAGUAUGUGAAUGGAAAGUUUGUUAGUAAAAUCAAAAUAGCACCUGAAGAAAACGUUACACUAACGUGUAUUGCAGAAAAUCAACUAGAAAGAACUGUAAAUUCUUUGAAUGUAUCUGCUAUAAGUAUUCCAGAAUCUGAUGAACCAGAAGAAAAAAGUGAUGAUAGUAUGGAAAAUGUUAAUGACCAGGCAAAACUAAUAGUAGGAAUCGUGGUUGGUCUUCUUCUAGCAGCUCUGGUUGCUGGUGUUGCUUACUGGCUAUAUGUGAAGAAAUCAAAGGAUGUCAACGGAGAGUCUGAGAAGGAGGCAGCACAGAACAUUCAAACCCUCCCGAGGUCAGCCUCAAAACAUGUAGAUAAAGACCUUGGAAAUAUAGAAGAAAAUAAAAAGUUAGAAGAAAACAAUCACAAAUCUGAAGCUUGAGAGGGAGAAUAAGUCAGUCACCAUUCUAGAGAAUAAACAUAGACCAACUGAAGCAUGAACGUGGAUUGUAUUUAAGAUAUAUAUGAAGAUGUGACGGCUAUUCAUGGUUCAAGUAUUUACACAGACCAUUCUAUCAAGUUUUCAACAGAAUUGACACAAUUAUCUCAAGCUUUCCAAAAUAUCAGCAAAACUAAUUUUGGCAGCAGCCAUGAUGAUAGGUCACAAAUUUGUGUUCCGUUUUGAAUAUAUAUUUUUUUUGUAAAUGUCUGCACUGAAGAUUUCUUUUGGUUUGCCUUUAUGUAAAUUUUUUACGUAGCUAUUUUUAUACACUGUAAGGCUUUGUUCUGGGAGUCGCUGGUAAUCUGAUGUAUACUGUAAUGUUUUUAUUUCCAUUGGUUUCCGCACCCCUUCCAGAGGUACAUUUCUAUUUCUGAUUGCUAUCAGUAAAGCUCCUACUUUGCACAGCAAGUAUUUAAUUUAUAAGAUUGCCUUAUUGGAAAAUGAGACAGUUCUUUCUCUGUUUUUCAAACACACUUAAAAGGGGGAGGAAUGCAUCUGUUAAAAGGGAGAGGAAAUUAAAUAGUUCAUAAAUAACAAAAAUCCCAAUCACCUAUAAAUGACCUGUAUAUAAUUGCCAGAAGUAGAAUCAGGUAUUAAGCAAGAUUCAUGUUGUCAUGUAUACAGAUGUCUACUAAUAAGUCUUUUUUUAGACAGAAAAAUCUUUUUAUUGAUAGCAUUCUGGGAAACUAAUUGUUCUUGCAAUUCCAUGAUAUAUAGUGUGAAUGACUGAAAUUAAGAAUUAGUUCUGAAAUAUUUUUGUUAUCCACUGCCUUAAAAAUUAUCUUUCUUUUUGAUUUUGAAAAAAAAUCAGAAUUGGAGAUUUGUGUAUUUUUUUUUGAAGUGGUCAUAUCAAAGCUGCAUUUUUCCACAAAAUAGAAUAUAUAUUUUUGUGUGUGUGCGUUUUUGUUAACUACACUACAGAUAUUGCACCUUGAGAUAAUUUUAGUGUUUUUAACUGGUACAUAAUUUAUCGAAAAGUACAUGAAAGUGUAACGAUGAAAUGAAAUCUAUGUAUCUUUAGUUACAUUCAAGAUUGUAACUUUAUAAACCUGUUUUAUGCUUGAGAAUUUUUUAGAAGGUUAGCCUAAAAAGAAACAUUUGGAUAGAUCAGGGCGAAUAGACAGCAGUAUUUAGCAAUGUUUCCUCUUUUAGCAGAAGACUAGCAUCUGAGAGAAUGUAAUAGAUAGUUUUGAUAACGGCAGGAAGAUGUUAUUAGAAUAAGCAUCAGAUUUCUGUUUACAGAUUUAUGAGUCAGGAAAACCAGAAGAUUGUGGGGAAUUAAGUGCAAGGCAAAUGGAGGUGGAACUUGUGAAAUGUAUUUGCCACUUACGGGGGGAAACACUGUUGUACAUUUGUAAAAUGUUAAAUGUCUGGGCAAUAGUGACUGAUGUCUUAAAUAAAAGCUUCCUGUAGUGUAUUGGCAUGGAUGAAAUAUAUGACAUGUCCUAGAAAUUCAAUACUGUAUAAAAUAUGACAAAACAACCCUGUUAAAAGUCCUCUCCACAUGGGUUAAGGCUUUAUUUGGCAAGGGAACAAAAUAAUAAUCAUGGUCUAUGUUUAAACCAAAGUUUAAAGGGGGAUAAAACCAAAGUCUUUUGUUUUGCAUGGCUAAGCCAUUUCUGAUAUCUUUGUAAAUAAUGUGAUUUUUUUUCCUUUUUCCUCCUUUUUCUUUUUUUAGAAUUUUGGUUUUUUUUUAUCUAAAAUUUUUAAGCACCUGUUUUCCAAAAUAAAAUGUGAACACACACAAAAAGAGAUUAUAAUUUGUUUUGGUGUGAAGGCAUCACAGCUUAUAUGAUAUUCGAUUGAAAUGAGGAAAGACAAGGGGCGGGAUUUACAAUGCAACAUCAUGUCUUUGAAUUAAAUAAAAUACAAGGAUACAAAACUUUCCAUUAAGAAAAUGAAGCUCUGUUUAAAACACAAAUGAAAAGUUAUACAAUUGGUCAGAGAUGAUACCAGAUUGGCCAGAAAUGAAAGUGCUUAACUUCUGCAUCCAAUGUCAUCAUGGGAAUGGAAUAAAACUCUUACCUUUUGAAGUUUUACUGACCAUCUUAUGUAAUUCUUGGAAGUGUUUUCUUCACUGUUCAAAGUUCACAUCAGACAUGUUUCAGGAAUCAAGAAUACAAAUUAAUUGUUGCCAUUCAUGCCUGGAAGACAAUAAAGUGAAGUAUGUUUUCA